AGUGAAUGAAAUUUCGUGGAUCGAGGACCUUACGUCCGACACCGAUUCUAGUGCUUGUUUCAAUCUGAUUGAUGAGCAAAAAAUAUAGUCCGAGGACCCUGUAACAUCCUGUUCCCUUUAACAUUCAAUAGUUCGUCUAUGUAGGUCUUUGCAUCACCAAGUGAUCAACAAUUUCAAAAAAUGGCACCAUACUCCAAGAACAUCAACCCUAUAAUGCGGCUAAGGAAGAUGAAGCUAGUGCUCCUUCUGCUUCCCUCCAGUUGCAGCCUUGGUCUCAAAGUAAACCGACGAGCCGGAACCCCGAACUGCGAGCGCACUAAGAAAAGUUGGGACUGCUACAAUCCCUCUGAGGAUUACCGCUACCACGUUGAAGGCGUGUAUGCGGCAGUAGUCUCGGCGAAAGCCUGUGAAGACAUCUGCGCGGAUUCGGAAGGACAUGCUUUAUGAUGUUCGAUUAGUUGUGAGAAUGAGAAUGAGUCGUUGGACGAAAUGGUUCUUGCACAACUUCUACAUAAUAAUGUCUCUUAGGUAGUUCUGGUGUUGGCGUAGCACAUUUUCUUGUGUUUGACUUCUCUGUUUGUCCUUCUAACAUUUGAAAACGAUAACCGACCAUGCAGGAGCUUUCAAUUGGAGUCUGCAGCAAGCAAAACCACACAAUCUUGCAAGCUGUUGAUUGUUAAGGGCUUGUUUCAUAUCGUUGCUGGUUUGUUUUCACAAACGUUCGGAUAACGUAAAAAGAGGUUCCAUGACAUGACAUUUUCUAAUUUCUUUGACCGAUCCUAGUCCUACAUCUCGUUCUUCUAAAUAAGUUGUAGUCUAGGCAAUCUACUAAGUAUCCUGCUAAAGAAACUUCACACUCGAAUCUCUCUCAGCCAGUCUUUGUUGACAAUCGCAGUCUCAAUAUUCCUUCUAACACCUAGCCCAUCAAGACCAUCGAGGCUGUGGGAGGUUGCAGAAAGAACCCUGCUGAUGCGGGCACUGCAGUGAUCUACGACCUAGCGGUGGAUGGAGUGUGCCCUGCGGGGGCGCCGUGAGCCGUAGAUCAACAAAUGGAACUCUUGUAGUAGUCGGGGUUAAGUAGUUGGAAUGAAACAUGAUGAGAAUGAUUGCAAGUUCCACGUUUUUAUAUGACAAUUACAACUAGUUUAGAUCAAAUAUUAGAAGUUGUGACAACGCAAGAAGUGUCAUAGUCGUUGAAGAUGAUUUGUUUCACAAAAUAAGAAUGCACUGCGACAAUGUUGUACAGAAAUACAUGGAAAUAUGAAACGUUUUUUGGACGACAUGACCCUAAUAUUCUCCACGUGCGGAUGAGAUAUGGUGAAAAGCAAUACCGCUCCACCGGU